AUGGUCUCGGAUCCAGGAGCCACUUCAUUUCCCAAUGAUGGAAUCGACAUUCUCCUGGGGCCAGAUGUAGGGAAGCACUUGGCCGAUGACUUCCAGUCCUCACAAUGCAAACGAGCCAUUACACUAACCUGCCAAGAAAACAUACUCGCUGUAUUGAACACGGACGAUAGUGUCGAACUACAAGCUCGCCAGAUACCCUCUAUUGGGCCUGGCGUGAAAGUAAUUGGUCUCUACUUCUCGUAUCUGGCACAUCUAUGGGCGCGGAUUCAAGAAGAUGAAUUGAAAAUUCAUCCUGCCCCCCGCCUGCAACUUUCUGCCCUCCACUAUCCGAAAGCUGAUCACUAUCAAAUUGCUUCUUGCCAGGGUGACGAUUCUCCUGAUAGAGCGGUGUUUGCGACUACCGUGGGAGAUAUUCAUGCCGUCACGUAAGCGAAGUUCCCUUAAUCGCUCUACAGAACCCAUGUGCUGGUGUUCCAAAAUAAACCUGUUCCUUACUCAUUACUCUCGGAUCCUGGCUCAAUCAAAAGAGAAAUGCUAAUUCUUGAUUUGCUGCAGAGUAACCUUGACGGCAAUCGCGCCUCCGGAAAGCGCUACAAUGUAUGCAUGCAAGUGUCGUCGUUUCUAUCCUUGGGCAACUCUGCUAAUAGACACCAACAGGCCGCCACCAACUUGGACCAAGAGCCCAGAAGGUGAUAUUGAAAUACUAUUUUCACCGCAAGUCGUCGAUGCUCUCAAUUUAAAUUCUUGACCAAGUAAUAUGUGCUCGCGAUCUUGAGUCACAGACUACACAAUGUGAGAUGAACCCAACCUGGACCUGAAUGACUUAUCACUAAUUGCCACAGGCCAACGACGUAGCCUCCGAGCCAUGUUAAUGUCUGGGCAUAUCUGGACGCAAUUGUGGAGGUCAUUGUUGAUUCUGGGAGACAUACCAUUUGAUACACUCCCUCCAAACGUCCAAGAUACCAUUGACUCGAUCAAACUAUGGUCUGAAUCGUUUCGAGCCGAUUUUCCGAUUGAAAAGGUAGACCGCAUUAUAAUUGCUCUUUCAGGUGUUGUUAGCAGACGAAUGGGAGGGCGGCCGAUUGACAAAGUCAAAGUUUAUCGCCAGCAACAAGACCAGAAGCAAAAGGAGGAAGCAGAUAAAAAGGAAAAGGUCGAGGAGGAAGAGAAGAAGAAACAAUGCCCUCCUGACGAUCGUACACCGUUUUGCGCAAAUUGUGGAGGCGAUGGAAUAUCUCCAUUUACAUUCAAUACCUGCCCUGGUGUAAGUCUUCAAACAGAAAGUUUUGUUUGGUUACUGCUAAAUUAUGAAACUUUAGGAUCCCCAGAAUAAUAAUAACCUACAAGGGUAAGAUUACUGGUUUCCACAUCCCCCUUAUUGAUAAUAACACUGAUACUUGGUUCAAGUUGUAAAUGUUUACCUAGAGGUGACAUAAGAGCUUUUAACCCAUAUGGAAGCCUAGACGCUGCUCUCUUGGUAUGGCAAAGUAUAUUCAACACGAAGACAAUUUCUCCUCCAGUUCCAGUUCCAGCUCCUCCACCUCCACCCUCCUCACCAUCUCCCCCACCUCCCCCGCCCCCUCUUCCAGCGCCCAGUCUAUCUGGCCAAACCUGUUACCAAAAGGCAGAUUUCUCAGAGCCUGGGACAGGGGAUAUUGAUUCAAAGGCACAAAACGCAUACUCUCGGCAAUUUUGCAAAGACUGGGAGGAUCAGAAGAUGACAUCUACAUCCCCAGCCUUGAAGCGCAACCCCAAGGACGUCAGUUUCAGCAGUACUAAUCCGUAUAAGCCGUAUCAUUUUACCAUCUCCUGGAUCAAAGAUUGUCAGACUGCAGCAGUAGAGCAAAGUGUACAGCUACCGCUUGGUCCGGAGCAUGCAUUGGGAGCAAACUGCGAAUUAUUUGUGAGAGAGAAUUUUCUGCAUUGUAGGUCUAGAUUUUGCCCCACCAAAGGUAUGUGAUCUCUAAUGGUACUUCAGGUAACAAUGGAGGAGUUGGUGGUUAUAGAGACGCCGGAUGUCUUAGAUACAGCCUUUCGGCGACCAGAGAUAUAGAUGCCGCCUAG